CUCGCGCGCUCCGGCGGAUCGAGUUCCCGUCCGUCCCGUCCAGUCGUCGCCCUCCCCGGGGGAAGCGCCAUGGCCGAGCUGUUCCCGCUGGCCGAAGAGCUGUCGUGCUCCAUCUGCUUGGAGCCCUUCAGGGAGCCGGUCACCACCCCGUGCGGCCACAACUUCUGCCGCUCGUGCCUGGAUGAGACGUGGUCGGUGCUGGGCGCGCCAUUCCGCUGCCCGCAGUGCCGCGCCGUCUACGCGGCGCGCCCGCAGCUGCAGAAGAACACUGUGCUGUGCUUCGUGGUGGAGCAGUUCCUGCAGGUCGAGCAGGGCCGCGCCCCCGCCGCCCCCGCCGACUGGACGCCGCCCGUGCGCGCCCCGCCGCCCAGCCCCGCCGGCCAGGUGGCCUGCGACCACUGCCUGAAGGAGGCGGCCGUGAAAACCUGCCUCGUGUGCAUGGCCUCCUUCUGCCAGGAGCACCUGCGCCCGCACCUCGACAGCCCCGCCUUCCAGGACCACCCCCUGCAGCUGCCGGUGCGAGACCUCCUGCGACGCAAAUGUCCCCAGCACAACCGGCUGCGGGAGUUCUUUUGCCCCGAGCACGGCGAGUGUAUCUGUCACAUCUGCAUAGUGGAGCACAAGACCUGCUCUCCGGCUCCCCUGAGCCAGGCCAGUGCAGACCUGGAGAACAAACUGAGGCAUAAACUAACCAUCAUGUACAGUCACAUCAACGGGGCAUCGAAAGCGCUGGAGGACGUGAGAGCCAAGCAGCAGGGUGUGCGGGAGGCUGCCAACAGGAAGGUGGAGCAGCUGAGACAAGAAUUCCUGGAAAUGAAGGCGCUCAUCGACGCCUCAGAGGCCAGCUCCACACGCAAGAUAAAGGAGGAGGAGAUGAGAGUCAGCACCAAAUACGAGAGCAUUUAUCAGAUCCUGCUCAAGAAGAGGAGCGAGAUCCAGAACCUGAAGGCGGACAUCGAGCAGAGCCUGGCCAAGGGGGACGAGUAUGAGUUUCUGGAGAAAGCAGCAAAACUGCAAGGCGUCUCAUCAAAGCCAGUCUAUAUCCCCAAAGUGGAGAUGGAUCAUGAGCUCAUGAAGAGGGUCUACCAGAGCACCCUGGAGCUCAAGAACGAGCUGAAGCGGACCCUUAGACAGCUCCAGGAGAAGCCCGAGGAGCCAUCCAGCUCAGGUGACUCAGGAGACUGUGGCACAGAGCCUACAAGCAAACCCUCACGCCCCAUGAAGAAGAACCCUCAAGAAAAGAAGUCCAAGAAAACUUCCCCUGGCUGUACCCCUCCCCCAACUGUCAAACUACCUACCUUUGGAGCUCCUGGACAGUCAGUGGAUUCGAAACCAACUGUCUCAGAUGCCAAAGCUAGCACUGCACAGCCCGGUUCCGCGUCUGUUAAAGACAAGGUGCUAACCAUCUUCUUAACCAAGUCCAAACCCGAGCUGCAGGAGUAUUCUGUUAGAAUUAUCCUGGACUACAACACUGCCCACAACAAGGUGGCAUUGACAGAGAACUAUACCACCGCGUCAGUGGCUGAUGUGCCUCAGAACUACCGGCCACAUCCUCAGAGGUUCACCUACUGCUCUCAGGUGCUGGGCCUGCACUGCUACAAGAAAGGGAUUCACUACUGGGAGGUGGAACUGGGAAGGAACAACUUCUGUGGGGUAGGCAUCUGCUAUGGCAGCAUGGAUCGGCAGGGCCCCGAGAGCCGGCUCGGCCGCAACAGCAAGUCCUGGUGUGUAGAGUGGUUCAACAACAAGAUCUCCGCCUGGCACAAUAAUGUGGAGAAAACACUGCCCUCUACCAAAGCCACAAGGGUGGGUGUGCUUCUCAACUGUGACCACGGCUUUGUCCUUUUCUUUGCUGUUCCCGACAAGGUCUACCUGUUGUACAAAUUCAAGGUGGACAUCACAGAAGCUCUGUAUCCCGCCUUCUGGGUGUUCUCUGCAGGCACAUCACUCUCUAUCUGCUCCUCCAAGUAGACAGGCCCUAAGGCAGGCCAUGGACACUUAGGUUCACUGCCUGGGGGGCAACUGUGACUAGAAAGGGGGUUGCAGUGAGAUUCUCCUUGGAGAGCUUUUCUGGGUCCCCAGUGUUUAGAAGGAUGGGGGGAGGUUGAGGAACGUGGGGAGCUGGGGCAAAAGGGGAGGGAUUUACUGGGAAAAGGGUAGGGUGAUUGUCUGCCUACCUCCUGGUGACCACUGUGGCAGGAUAACCUCUUCCCACUUUUCUGGAAAAUCUCCAGGCAGCUGGGCAUCUGAGCAGAGCUUUGGGUAAUAAAGUCAUUAAUGCCCCUUUCUCUUGUACAGAAUCUGCAGCCACAUUCUUUCUCAGGUGAUGGAUGAACAGGCUUUUAUUCUCUAGGAUAGCUUUUAGAUCUUGGUGUUUUGAUUACUCUU